CUAAUACCAAGUUAUCUUCGUGGAAGUCGGUUCGCAAAUUAAAAGUUUCAGGGUCACUUGGCGAGAAUUUCAGUAUUGUGUACAUUCUCCUGGUUGGUUGGUUCUCGUGGACAGCAGUUCUUUGCUCUGUCAUAAAAGUCAGAGUGCAAGAGAAGAUCUUGUAGAAGGCAUUGCUGACUCCAUUGUAAAGAAUCCUUGAUUAUUGUAAAAUGGAAGCUUUUAAAAGAAAACCUACCAUCUCAGAAACAGAACUCCUGAGACAGUUCAAGAAAAACAUCUCUGAUGUGCUGACACCACUUCAUACUGAUGCUUAUCUUAUGAAAUGGAUUAGAGCCGGAAAUUUUAACAUCAGAAAAAGUGAGCAAUUCUUUCGAGAGGCUUUAGCAACUCGGGCUUUAUACAGUAUCGAUAGUUUUGCAGAUCAUGGCAAAGAACCGAAAGUUGCUGAGGACUUUGGAUUUGCAGUCCCAAUAGGUUUUGCCAAAGAUGGAACACCAGUAACAUAUGCAGCUUUUGGAAGAGGAGAUCUCUACGGAUUCGUCGCUUCUCUGUCUUCUUACGAUCUUUGCUUGUACGGCAGCUAUUGGUUCGAGAAAGACCUCAAGAGAGCCAGAGAACAAAGCAAAAGGCUUGGAAAAGAGAUCAAUCAAGUUACUUACAUCGUCGAUAUGGAAGAUUUCUCACUGGCAAGAGCAGCACGAACUUGUGUUAUCGAGUCGUCCUUUGAUCUUCUACGCCUCAUGCAGGAUAUCUAUCCUGAACUUGGAAAAAAUAUGUUCGUCGUGAAUGCCGCUUUUUACUUUUACCAAGCCUUCAACGUCCUCAAACCCGUAUUUAGAAAGUCUUUUCUUAAAGACGUAUAUGUAGUUUCUAAAGAGGAUACCCCUGCUCUUCUCCUGAAAUACAUAGAUGCGGAUGUGCUGCCUGCUUUUCUCGGUGGCAACAGGGUGGAUUCCAAGGGAGAUCCAUUCUGCCGAGAGUUUAUGAAAUUCGGUGGUCCAAUUCCGACAGAUUACCAUUUGAGUCGACUUCCUCCUCUGCUUCCUUCAGAUCCAGGCGUUGAGAGUGUAUACAUCCCCGCCAGAGGCGUGUACAAUCAUUCUCUGAUUGUGAGGGCUCCGAAAUCGCGAUUGCAUAUUGAAAUGAGGGCGGAAGGAGGAUCCGUGUCAACAGCAAUUCUCUUCAGAGAAUUCGGCUCUGAUCCGAAUCAUCCGGACAUUCCUCCUAGCGAUGUAUAUUUGGAUGAAAAUAAUGAAGAAUGCAACGUCCGAUUAAUCAGUCCAUGUGUCAAGCUUCAACUCCACAUAUCCCCAGCUGACCUACACUGCAACUUACCAUGGGCUGGUAUAUAUAUUUUUAGAUUUGACAAUUCUUGCAAUUGGGUUAGUGGAAGAAACUUGAUUUUACGACUUCAGAUCAUUGCUCCCAAUUCUUGACUUCCGAAACUGAACUGUAUGAUUAAAAAUCCUAUUUUGAAUUUUUUUUAGUGACUAUAACUUAAAUAAAUUAUUUUGAUACAUUCUAA